UCUCUGAAGUAAUGUACAACUAAUUAUGGUCCAUAAAGCUUUUGAUAACUAUUGAUAUUGCCUUAAAAUCUUGGUUGAAAUCCCAGUCUAGCUGUAGUACCCUUAACCAAGGUGUUUACCCAAAUUGCUACAGUAAAAAUCCCGUGUUGUACAAAUGGCUGAACCAUUGUAAAGCUGCUGAAUAAACAUUGUAAGUGAGCUAAACUGUGCUUAAUAAUUACAAAGCUAAUAACCUUAAGUAAUCUGAGUUAUAUAAGUGAAAAAUAGAAUAUUGCAUGAAUUCCAUACAUGAUUGAGAGUGAAAAUUGUGGGCAUUGAUUCAAGAGACGUAGAAGUGUGUGGAUAAAGAUCAGGAUAAAAUGUAGCAAGAAAAGAUCUGACCUCAGCCUUUGUCAACUAGAAAUUUCCACGUAUUCAGCUCAGCUGUGUGAUACCUCACUUCUUCUCCACCUCCUUGUCUGCCUUUAUACCCGUGACACACUCCCUACAGCUUGCACCCUCACAGAACACACAUAGACAGGGCCUUUCGGCCGGACUCUCCUAAACAGAGAGGGCCUUAGGCUUCACUUCGUUGACCCCUGACAGGUGAGCAGCGGCGACGCAUGUCCAAAGGUUGUCUCUUUGUCUGCGCACGCUAUGGAAGCCACCGGCAAGUUUGAUUUCAAUGCCACCGCUGAAGAUGAGCUGAGCUUCCGCAAGGGAGACAUCAUCAAGAUUCUCGGCACCAAUGACGACUGGUACAAGGCCGAGAUGCACGGUCAUGAGGGCUUUGUGCCCAGAAACUACAUCAACAUCCGACUCCCCAGCUGGUACCAGGAGAAUGCCACACGGCACUCGGCGGAGGAGACCCUGAUGUCCCAGGAGGUGGGCGCCUUCCUCAUCCGUGGCAGUCAAAGUUCGCCAGGUGACUUCUCCAUCUCCGUCAGGCAUGAGGGUGAUGUACAGCAUUUUAAGGUGAUGAAGGACAACAAGGGGCACUACUACCUGUGGUCUGAGAAGUUCACCUCCCUCAAUAAGAUGGUGGAGUACUACAAGACCACCUCCAUCACCAAGCAGAAACACAUCUGUUUAAGAGAAGAUGGCCAGCAGGAGAGGCUGAGCACCCAGAGUAAAACUGUGGAAUCUCUGCCUGCACCUCGCCGUCCAUCGGAAGCCACCAUACACACACAGAGGCCAUCAAUGCAAGUCCGAGCGUUAUACGACUUCAAAGCGGAGGAAGAUGAUGAGCUGGGGUUUUGCGUGGGCGAGAUGAUCGAAGUUCUAGACUGCUCCGAUCCUUCGUGGUGGAAAGGGAGACUUCGGGGCAAAGUUGGCCUCUUCCCCAACAACUAUGUGGAGUCGCUUUGAGUCACUUGGAUCCUGCAGUCAUCACUGCACUAAUGCACCUCUCCAAUUCCGUGAUCCAGAUGUUAUCAACAGCGGCAACAAAUGCUUCUGUCACCAUACUGAUCUGCUAAAAUGUUGAGUUCUCAAUGUUUCUUACUUUUGCAAAAAUUUUAACUUUGUAAAACGCAGAACAUUUUUCUAAAGUCAUUGGUUCUAACUUAUUUCAUUUUGUCACAUGUCCUAGACGACAAAGGGAAACAUUUUAAUAGAGAUAAUAGCUGUGCCAUUUGAACGAAAUACAGGAAAUGGGACCAAAAGCAUGCAAAAGUACUGAAAAGUAUUCUCCAUGUACACAGCACUUUUAAAACCACAAGGAGAUUGAAGGAAAGCUGCAGAGAACUAAAUACAGUAAAGUCAAGAUUAUCUGACCUUUGGUUUUUUGACAUUCUAGAAUAUCCAACAUGCCAGGUAUACCACAAGAUGUCAUUUAUUUGUAGGCGCACACAUUCAGCCUCAUAGGAAACAGAUUGAUAUGAACAACGAGAUAUUGAUUAGAUAAUGAGACUGACCAAUUAUCAAUAUCUGAGGGCUAAAGGUACAUUGGUUUAAGGGUUUAGGAUUUACACAAAAAACACAGUCAACAAAAUGACCUCUCUAAGCAAGAGAAAGAAAACUGGAAAACAAACUUUAAUCACUAAUUUUAUUAAAUAACUUUUGUGCUGAAUAUAUUGAACACUCAAUACAAGGGAUUGCAUAUUAAUAAUAAACAAGUUUUCAAACUUAUACUAGACUUCCGUGUUUCUUAUAUCCAGCUUACAACAUUUCCAAAUUAUCUGAGGUUUUCGGUUAUCCAACCUACCAUCAGUCUCAUUUAAAUCAGAUAAUCAAGACUUUACUGCAAAUGUUUUGGAUGGUGGUGCUUACUUACAAUGUAAAUGUGAAAAACUUUGACAUAAAACAUGUGAUUGGCCAACCAAGUCUCUCCCAGAAAGAUUUAUGUGAAUUCUAAAGGUUUAUUUCAUAUUUAUUUGAUCAUGAAAGAAAGCCAAAUUAUUUUUUUCUAUCUUGGUCAAGAUUAAGAGGCCAGCUAAUGAACUGUAAUUUAGCAAUAAAAGAAACGAGCAUUAUUAUUAUUAUUAUUCUUUUAAACAUUAUUAUUGAUACCACCUGUAUAUGUCAUGCAGUCUUCCUGAGAAAAAAAGUUAAACUGACACUUCAGCUAAGAUGGAACCAUUAUAACUUAACUUAACUUAAAGGUCUCACUAGGAAUUCAGUGGCCGUUUCCACAAAUUUUCAUUAUACUGGGACUUUGCUCUUAUUCCUUCAUAAUGUAUAUAGUUUGUGUAAAAAUUUACAGCAACAGUACAGCAGUUUAUUGGAAAAAAGUGUAUAUUGUUCAGUUUAUGUUUUGAAGAGGACCAGCCAAACACUUUAUAAAGUGAUAUCUGUAAAACUACCAAGAUUUACAGUGGAGCUGAAAGAAUGACAGUUUACCUCUUUCCAGUGUAAGAGCUGGAAUGCUGUACUCUGUCCUGAAAAGGCACUAGAUAUUAUUGAAUAAUUACUCAAACCAAUUCUCCAUUAUUUUGCAGAAGGAAUCUUCACCUUUUUACUGCCAAUAACACAACCUGCUCAUUUACAAUAAAGAUGUUCCAAAAA